UUUACCCUAAUAUUAACUGUGCUCCUAGGCACUGCUACUAACCCCGCAAGGCAUUGCUUACUGACUAGCGCCCAGCCUAGCGCAGAAUCAAUACAUCCGGCGCGAACGCAAGGCAUACGUAGAGAAGCAGCGAUUCAUGUCUGUGCGUCCCCACUUAGCAAGUUUGACCGUACAUGGACACCAUAGCGCCAUGAAGGCGGCCAGGCCUUUCCUUGUGUAGACGCCAGGGCGCGCAGCAUUGCUCCCAAGCAGCCGGCUGGCGAGGCGCUAAUGAACGUUACAGCCCUGAGGCGCCUGUAGGCAGUGCGGCUACUCCUGCGCUCAGCGCCGCUCGACACAACGGGAGGAGAAACCCAAACUCGCCCUCCGCUUCCCUUAUACUGAGCCGUGAGUGCCCGGGGUACGGGGAACUCCCAGCGCCGAUGAUCAGCCACUGAGGGCCUGGAUCAUGGAUACACCCAUCAACACUUCCCCCAGUUCAGCGGGGAUUCCAGCAUCUGAGGCAUCCCUGCCUUUCUACGAUGCCUCCCAUGCUCUGCACUUGUUACGGGGCAUCAAUGAGCUCAGGGCUGAACAAAAAUUCUUUGACAUGACAGUGAGCGCAGGGGGACAGGAUUUCCCUUGCCACCGGACUGUGCUGGCUGCAGCCAGCAACUACUUUCGAGCCAUGUUUGCUGGGCGGCUACGGGAGAGCCACGUUGACCGAGUUGAACUUCAUGAUGUGACUGGCCCCAUCCUUUCCCUGCUGCUUGACUUUUGCUACACUGGGAGGGUGACAGUCACACUGGAGAAUGUGGAGCCCCUGCUGCAGGCUGCAGAUCUUUUCCAGUUCCCAUCUGUAAAGGAAGCAUGCUGCGCCUACCUAGAACAGCAACUUGAUGUCUCAAACUGCCUAGAGAUCCAGGACUUUGCAGAAGCCUAUGCUUGUCAGGGCCUUGCAGAGAGUACCAAACGGUUCAUUUUGGCUCACAUGGCACAGCUGGCACAGGCCCAUGAGGUGGAGCGACUCACCUUUAAGCGAAUGUUGGAGUAUAUCAGCGAUGACAGGCUAUGUGUGGAUAAAGAGGAGGCUGCCUUCCAGAUAGCCUUGCAAUGGGUAAAGGCUGACCCCAAGCACCGGCAGUACCGCUGGCCAGAGCUUUUCCAGUACCUUCGAUUGCCAUUCAUACGGCGCUUCUACCUGCUGGCUUAUGUGGAAAGCGACCCACUGGUAUACCGCAGUCCAUACUGCCUACAGCUAAUCAGAGAAGCCCGCGCUUUCCAGUCCUCUGAAUAUGAUCGCCAUGAUUGGCCAUGCCAUCGCAUGAAGCCACGGCCCUCUACUGGCCUAGCAGAAAUACUAGUAGUAGUGGGUGGCUGUGACCAAGACUGUGAUGAGCUGGUUACUGUGGAUUGCUACAAUGCACAAACUGGCCAGUGGAGGUACCUGGCUGAAUUCCCUGACCACCUUGGGGGUGGCUACAGCAUUACAGCUCUGGGCAACGAUAUAUACGUGACAGGAGGUUCUGACGGAUCAAGGCUUUAUGACUGUGUAUGGCGAUACAACUCCAGUGUGAACGAAUGGACUGAAGUAUCUCCAAUGCUGAAAGCACGAGAGUAUCACAGCUCAACUGUGCUCAAUGGCCUCCUGUAUGUGAUUGCUUCAGACAGCACAGAGCGUUAUGACCCUACCAUGGACACAUGGGAGUCUCUGCGUCCUAUGCUUUACCCAAUGGAUAACUGCUCAACAACAUCCUGCAGGAAAAAGCUGUAUGCCAUUGGCUCCUUAGAAGGCAAAGAAAGUAUGGUCAUGCAGUGUUAUAAUCCGGACACUAAUCUAUGGUCCAUGGUAAACUGUGGGCAGCUGCCUCCAUGGUCUUUUGCACCCAAGACAGUGACCCUCAAUGGCCUUAUCUAUUUUGUAAGAGAUGAUUCAGCAGAAGUAGAUGUGUACAGCCCGUCAAAAAAUGAAUGGGACAAGAUUCCACCAAUGAUACAGGUUCAUGUUGGAGGGAGCCUGGCUGCGCUCGGGGGGAAGCUUUACGUGUCUGGUGGUUAUGACAACACAUUUGAACUCUCUGACGUUGUGGAAGCCUUUGACCCUGAAACAAGAUUGUGGAGCCUUGUGGGGCGCCUCCCUCAGCCGACUUUCUGGCACGGCAGCGUCAGUAUAUUCCGGCAGUUUAUGCCACAAACUCAGUACAGUUUAGAUGGGGUUCCGUUGGACAACGUCAACAACGAGAGAAACGUAAUUAACCUUAACAGAAGACGACAGCACUUGCAUAAUCACAACCUUAAUGAAUUACAUCGACGAUAGGAAUGCCAAGUGGGUUUCUAAUGAAACUUAAAUAUGAACAGAGUGACAGUGGGGGGCGGUGACACUCUCUCUCUGUGACUGAUAAGCUCAUGCUUUGGCAGCACGGUUAUCAUUACACGAGUGUAUGAGAGUGCUCUUGGCUUCAUAGUACAAUCAAAUCAUUACUUUCAGUGUCCAUGCAUUGCCCAUAGGUACGCAUACAUAGAAUAUAUGUAUAUUGUUACAUGUAGCUGCUCUUUAUCAUUUCUAUAGACAAGAGGAAGAAUAUAUAUAUUUUUCUAAUAAACAAAAAAUGUUUAUAUAUCCUCAGUUGCCCCCAUUUCACAGUAUGCCAGUAAAUUCCAAGGAGUUACAAGUUUUUUUUGUUUGUUUUGGUUUGUAAUCACAGUGUUUGACAGUGCAUGUAAGGCUAAUGUCACACCAGGAACAUUCUUCAAAAGGGAUGCUAAGGUACCCUAGUAUUUCUGCAGUCCUAGAGCAGCUGCAUGGGCCCGUAUGGUCAGCAGCUGUGUUCAAAAAAAAAAAAAAAAAAAAAAAAAAGAUACCAGCAGUUCCCUACAUAAGGUCUCAGGCAGGGAUUAUGUUCACAUGUGUGGAGCUGCUGUACUUGUACACAUGUGCAGAGUUCCAUUGCCGUGACAUACAGAUCUCAACAAAUUCUGGGAAGUUAAAUGCUCUGUUAAAUGCAGAGGAAAUUUGCACAAAUAUGGUAGCCUAUUUGCUUGCCGUUGCUAGUGGGAAAGACACCAUCUAGUAGAUGAGAUGUACCUGCUCACAGCUGUGCACCUUGCUGGGCUCAAGGCUGAUGCCACACAGGGCUGACUCUUUGGCUGCAGAUAAAGGCAAGCUGAGAAUCAGCCCCUACUCUGGCAUCAGCCUUUCUCUGAGCCUGCACCCGGAACCAUUGUGCUGGCCUGGGUGCAGAUACACGGGGCGGAUUGCUGCACUCUAAUGCAUACUCACCUGUUUCAGUGCUGAAAUCCGCUCUGUGUGCCUGCGCCCAGGCUGACGCAAUGGCUCCAGGAAAAGGCUGAUACCAGUGUGGGAGCUGAUUCUUAGCGUCUAUUUAUUUGCAGACCAAAAAUCAGCCCAAAAGCAAUUGUUUAUGCUGGGUGCUACUCAUUGACCCACCCCUGGAGUGACAUUAGCCUAAAGCUGAAGAGAGAGAUGUGCGAUUAUUUCUGGUCUUACCUUAGGUGUGCUUUGCCAGAUGUACUAACUGCCUGUUCUUGUCAGUAUUCAUUUGACUUGUUCCCAGAAAGCUUGUACCAUAGACACAGCACAUGUAGAUAUAAGGAUUAAGCACUGCAUAUCAACUGUCCUUAAUCCUGUUUGACAAGCAUUUCUGCAGUUUCCCUUUUUUCUGGAGCUGGAGAAAAAAUAAGUCUUUAACAUGGAACAGAGUAACUCCCUUCACUCUACAUGCCACAAUUGCCAGUUCUUCUCUGUGUAAUGCUGGGUGUUCUAGUUUAACAAGAGCCGGCUAGCCACACGUGUGACAUCCCUGCAUGGCAUGCAUGAAUGCUCUCGGAUCAAUCCAAGAAGCAAAUGAGCUUCAUUCCCUGUAUUAUGCAUGCUAAUAAUAACAUGGCAGGAGAGGUUUGCUAUGGCAUGCCGAACAGGCACUCAAACAGAUGCUGGAACUGGUGUACUGGCAUACUAUUUACUGUACAAUGGGCACCUUUUUUAAGCAAAUGUUUAUUAUUAAUAAUAAUAAUAAUAAUAAUUAUAAUGGAAAACACAAAUUCACAGAUGUUUGAAGUGAAAUACAUAAUUGAUUGCUGCAUAUAUAGACCUCCAUUGCUAACACAGUAUCUGCAUGGUAUUAAGAUGCACAGAUUACAUUUAAUUUGCUGGGCAAAAGGACCUUAUGCUCUUAAUUCAAUUUCAAUUUAAUCCUUUUAUCUAUUGCCCUAAACCACAGGUAGAAAUCCUUGCGCUUUUUAGGUGAUGGCAUAGCAUGAUGGGAAAUAUAUUUAAUAACAGCGACAGAGGCAGUUGCUAGUGUUCAAAUGCUGAGCAAGUUUAAUGGCAUCAGUAGGACAUGGAAUGACCCAUAACACUGUAAAUGAGCCAUAUUAAUGACUAUUAUGGAGAUUUGUAUUGUAAGCGCUUGUAUAUGUCCCUGAUGCCUGUUAACAUUGAGCAUUAUCAUUUGCCUUUGGAAAAGGUAUAACCAAGAUGCCCAAUGCAGGAGGGCAGAUAUCUCCGCAUGUACCAUUUACAAAGUGACUAAGUCUGCUGAUACAUACCCCAGGUGACAUAAGGUAAUGGCAGAUGAGGCGCUGCAGCACUUUCUUCUAUGUUGCUGUUGAGUGCCUGAAUUAGUGGGACUAUAGAUAUAUGACUAUCGAGUGUGUGGCUUUUGUGUGGUAUCUGUCCAUUUGGCUCACAGGCUGAUCAGAUGUUUACUGUACGGGAUUGGCCCAUUGAGGAUUGAACCUCAGACUCCUGAUGUGUCUGCAUCUGGCUGCACUGCCACCUUUGCAAGUCUGGUACAGUCUAACACAGAUGUAACCUUUAUUUUACUACUGGCCCCUAAGCUUAGCUUUUUAACAGCUGUUUGGAGCACACUGAGCAUGUGCAGUGUCACUGACACUCAAAGGAUAGCCCAGCAAGACCCUACAUGGUGACAGGUCACCAUUCAUCUUUAACUUAACAUUGAUUGUUUAGAAAUAGGCCCAUAAUGUCUUCUGGCUUAAGCACUGGUGGCUCAGUCCCAAUUGGUGACCUGGUUUCUAAUUAUUAACCGAAACUAUAACCUGGAAUUUGCAGACAAACAAAUGCUUGUUAAAUAACAGCAUCAGAGACACAUGCUGCACAUACCUGCUUUAUACCAUUACCUUAUCUACUGACAUAAGAGCUGCACUUCCUCCAGUUAGCACUGCAGUAACCUGACCACCAGGCACAUUUCCAUCUGCUUUAUUCAGGAUCCUGUUUGCCGUUUCUUCACUAAAUUCAUAUUUUUCCCAGGGUACAACUGGGAGAAUUUAGCAGAGGGUGAGAAGAAGAAAAAAAAAGAAUUGGGAGUGAGUAAAAGGGUUCCAAUCCCUACAAAGACUGUGCCCCUUAAUGAAGUAGUUGCACACGUCACUGUAGCACUGUGGGGUUUGUGGAAUUUCUUACUAAAGCUGUUUUGUUUGUGUGUUUUUGUAGAACAUUUGACUUUUUGGAUUUUGUUUAUUGUAUUUUCCCAUUGUAUACUUUAAAAUGAAGCCAUUAAAAUAUUGAUGGUUGUAAA